AUUGGCCGGCCGCCGUGAGGAGCACGCGGCCACGGUGGCGGGCGCGGAGUAGGAGGGCGGCGGACGGGCCGGAGGGCUGAGGGCAGCGCGGGCGGCGCGCAGCGGGCAUGGCGGGUGUGGGGCUGCGGGCAGCCGCUCGGCGCUACCUGCCGCGCCGAGACCACGGCGGGCCGCGAGCCGCCUCGUCCUCGCCCUCCUGCCCUGGUUGCGGCCCCCCGGGUCCCGGCGCCCACUGCCCCGGCGCCCCGCGCUCUGCGCCUGCCUCGGCGCCCGCCGGCGGCGCCGAGCCCAGCGCACACCUGUGGGCUCGAUACCAGGACAUGCGGAGACUGGUGCACGACCUCCUGCCUCCGGAGGUCUGCAGUCUCCUGAACCCAGCGGCCAUCUAUGCCAACAACGAGAUCAGCCUGCGCAAUGUCGAGGUCUACGGCUUCGACUAUGACUACACCCUGGCCCAGUAUGCAGACACACUGCACCCAGAGAUCUUCAGUGCUGCCCGUGACAUCCUGAUUGAGCACUACAAGUACCCGGAGGGGAUUCGGAAGUAUGACUACAACCCCAGCUUUGCCAUUCGUGGCCUCCACUAUGAUAUUCAGAAGAGUCUUCUGAUGAAGAUUGACGCCUUCCAUUAUGUGCAACUGGGAACAGCCUACAGGGGCCUUCAGCCUGUGCCAGACGAAGAGGUGAUCGACCUAUAUGGGGGCACCCAGCACAUCCCACUGUACCAGAUGAGUGGCUUCUAUGGCAAGGUACUCGCUCCGUCUGCCACUGCCCAGGGCGGCCAGCUCCAUGACCUCACGGGUCCUUCCAUCAAGCAGUUCAUGGACAUCUUCUCGCUGCCAGAGAUGGCACUGCUCUCCUGCGUGGUGGACCACUUCCUGGGCCAUGGCCUGGAGUUUGACCAAGCACACCUCUAUAAGGAUGUGACGGACGCCAUUCGAGAUGUGCACGUGAAGGGCCUUAUGUACCAGUGGAUCGAGCGGGACAUGGAGAAGUACAUCCUGCGAGGGGAUGAGACAUUCGCCGUCCUGAGCCGCCUGGUGGCGCACGGGAAACAGCUGUUCCUCAUCACCAACAGUCCUUUCAGCUUCGUGGACAAGGGGAUGCGGCACAUGGUGGGUGCCGACUGGCGCCAACUCUUCGACGUGGUCAUCGUCCAGGCAGACAAGCCCAGCUUCUUCACCGACCGGCGCAAGUAUGGGCCUGGCAGGGGCGAUGGGCCCAGGGAGCGGGGACUGGCCUCUGCUUGCCGCCCUGUGUGCCUGGGGUGGGGGCACCCCCUUGCUGAUGGGCAGGCCUUUCAACCCACCCUAGGCCUUUCAGAAAACUUGAUGAGAAGGGCUCACUGCAUUGGGACCGUAUCACCCGCCUGGAAAAGGGCAAGAUCUAUCGGCAGGAAGUGGCUCCCAGGGCCUGCAAUUGGGCCUCUCUGUGCUGUGCUUUCCUCGUCUGUAAAAGAGGGAAACCUGUUUGACUUCCUGCGUCUGACGGAAUGGCGAGGCCCCCGUGUGCUCUACUUCGGAGACCACCUCUACAGUGACCUGGCGGAUCUCAUGCUGCGUCACGGCUGGCGCACAGGUGCUAUUAUCCCCGAGCUGGAGCGAGAGAUCCGCAUCAUCAACACGGAACAGUACAUGCACUCGCUGACGUGGCAGCAGGCGCUCACAGGGCUGCUGGAGCGUAUGCAGACCUACCAGGACGCCGAGUCUCGGCAGGUGCUGGCCGCCUGGAUGAAGGAGCGGCAGGAGCUGAGGUGCAUCACCAAGGCCCUGUUCAAUGCGCAGUUUGGGAGCAUCUUUCGCACCUUCCACAACCCCACCUACUUCUCUCGGCGCCUGGUGCGCUUCUCCGACCUCUACAUGGCCUCCCUCAGCUGUCUGCUCAACUACCGCGUGGACUUCACCUUCUACCCCCGCCGCACGCCCCUGCAGCACGAGGCACCGCUCUGGAUGGACCAGCUCUGCACCGGAUGCAUGAAGACACCCUUCCUUGGCGAUAUGGCCCACAUCCGCUGAGGGUACCUUUAUUGUCUGGACCAGGCCCAGCCCCUGCUGUCCCACCCACUCUGGGCAAUAAAAGCCGCCUCCCUCCUG